AUGUCCCCUACCYCUAAUAGCACAGUGACUUGUUUCAUUGCAACAGUAAUCAGCCACUACAACAUCACAGAUUUGCCAGAUUCUGUGGUAACAGUAUGGACUGUCAUCGCUAUUGUAAAUGGAUUCGCCGCGCCUCUUACGGCGAUUUUCAACGCCUUGAUAAUCUGGGGAAUAUUAGGUGAUCAUCAGCUCCGAUCAAAAGCUUAUAACAUCUUACUCGCAUCCUUAGCCGUGACUGAUCUAAUAGUGGGACUAGUGGCAGAGCCUUUGUUCUGUUUGUGCUUAGUAGUUUUAAUCAAAGGGCUUGGAACACCAUGCUUACUAUUUGCAGUUUACGUGUUAACGAUUGCAUUUUGCGGCGGAAUGGCAUUAYGUACUUUGAUGAUGACAAGUGUAGAAAGAUAUCUUGCUAUACAGUUGCCUUUCUUUCACCRUGUUCAAGUUAGAGCAAGGAGAGUCAUGUUCAUAGCAAUCGCCAUAUGGGUUUACCUUCCAUCAAGUAUGAUAGGACUCAGAAUCCUUCUAGACAACUCACAAACCUUAAAGAAAUUACCACCCCUCAGAUUCGUUUUGGGAAAUGUCCUUGUAACCAUAUACUGUACAGCCAGAGUACAUAUCACAGCAUAUUUCAAAAAGAAACAGCCAGCAGCACAAGAGACUCAAAAGCAGCAAAAGCAUCGGAUUAAAGAUUACAAGCGAGCAUUUGCAUUGGGAGUUUUAGUUCUAACAUCGACCAUGCUAUAUUUUCCCUUUAUCAUCGUUAACAUCGUCUACAUGUUCAAAGGAAAAGAGGCUACUCAAGAAUUCGAACUCACAGCCAUACAUAUCUCAAUAACAAUCGUCCAUCUGCAAUCUAUAUUUAACCCGAUCAUCAUAUUGAAACGCAUUGAGAAGAUCCGAAAAGUUAUAAAAAUGAAAAUAUUGAGCCACUUCAAUGAGCACUAA